AUGCCCUUUGUUCACAGGGACCUUCGGUUUAACAGAAUCAGAGAGAUCCAACCUGGGGCAUUCCGGCAGCUGCAGAAGCUGAAUACACUGCUUCUGAACAAUAAUCAGAUCAAGAGGAUACCCAGUGGGGCGUUUGAAGACUUGGAAAAUUUAAAAUAUCUCUAUUUGUACAAGAAUGAAAUCCAGUCAAUUGACAGGCAAGCGUUUAAGGGACUUACCUCUCUAGAGCAACUAUACCUACAUUUUAACCAGAUAGAAACUGUGGACCCAGAGUCGUUUCAGCGCUUACCGAAGCUGGAGAGGCUAUUUUUACAUAACAACCGGAUCACACAUCUUGUACAGGGGACCUUUAACCACCUGGACUCCAUGAAACGGCUGCGGCUGGACUCGAACGCACUUCACUGCGACUGUGAGAUCCUGUGGCUGGCCGAUCUGCUGAAGACCUACGCCCAGUCGGGGAGCACGCAGGCCGCGGCCACCUGCGAGUACCCGAGACGCAUCCAGGGGCGCUCCGUGGCCACCAUCAGCCCGGAGGAGUUGAACUGCGAGAGGCCCCGGAUAACGUCAGAGCCCCAGGAUGUGGAUGUCACCUCGGGGACCACUGCGUACUUCACUUGCAAGGCCGAGGGCAACCCCAAGCCCGAGAUCAUCUGGCUUCGCAACAACAAUGAGCUGAGCAUGGAGACAGACUCACGCCUAAACUUGCUGGAUGACGGGACCCUGAUGAUCGAGAACGCGCAGGAGGCCGACCAGGGCAUUUACCAGUGCAUGGCGAAGAACGUGGCCGGGGAGGCGAAGACGCAGCAGGUGACCCUCAGGUACUCCGGGUCUCCAGCCCGGCUGGCUUUUGUAAUCCAGCCUCAGAACACAGAGGUGCUGGUGGGCGAGAGUGUCACCCUGGAAUGUAGUGCCACCGGCCACCCUCAGCCGCAGAUCACCUGGACCAGGGGUGACCGGUCCGCGUUGCCGGCCGACCCGCGGGUGAACAUCACCUCCUCCGGCGGCCUGUACAUACAGAAGGUCGCACAGGACGACAGCGGGGAGUACACCUGCUUUGCCUCCAACGGGGCUGAGAGCAUCCACGCCACAGCCCUCAUCAUCGUGCAGGCGCUUCCUCGGUUUACUGUGACGCCAGAGAACAGGGUGGUGACGGAGGGUCAGACCGUGGACUUCCAGUGUGAGGCGAAGGGUCACCCCCAGCCCGUCAUCGCCUGGACCAAAGGCGGGAGCCCGCUCUCGGUGGACAGACGGCAUCUGGUGCUGUCCUCCGGCACGCUCAGGAUCUCUGGGGUCGCCCCCCACGACCAGGGCCAGUACGAGUGCCAGGCGGUCAACAUCAUCGGCUCUCAGAAGGUCGUGGCCCAACUGCUUGUGCAGCCCAGAGUCACCCCGGUGUUUGCCAGCAUUCCCAGGGACAUGACUGUCGAAGUGGGCAGCAAUGUCCAGCUCCCGUGCAGCUCCCAAGGGGAGCCUGAGCCGGUCAUUACCUGGAACAAGAGAGGAGAGUCGCGCCCUGUGCAGAUGUGGGGUGGUGGCUGUGACAGCCAGAUGGCAGGACACGUCCUGAGGGUUCCUGAUGUCAGUCGGAACGGCGACCCGUUUGUUGCUACCUCUAUUGUGGAAGCCAUCACGACCGUGGACCGAGCCAUAAACUCAACGCGGACGCACCUGUUUGACGGCCGUCCACGUUCUCCUAACGACCUUCUGGCCCUGUUCCGGUACCCCCGGGACCCCUACACGGUGGGACAGGCCCGGGCGGGAGAGAUAUUCGAGAGGACCCUGCAGCUUAUCCAGGAGCACGUGCAGCACGGCCUGAUGGUCGACCUAAACGGAACAAGUUACCACUACAAUGACCUGGUGUCACCGCCCUACCUGAGCCUCAUCGCCAAUCUGUCCGGCUGCACCGCGCACCGGCGUGUGAACAACUGCUCGGACAUGUGCUUCCACCAGAAGUACCGCACGCACGACGGCACGUGCAACAACCUGCAGCACCCGAUGUGGGGCGCCUCGCUGACCGCCUUCGAGCGCCUGCUGAAGGCCGUGUACGAGAACGGCUUCAACACGCCGCGCGGCGUCAACGCCGGACGCCACUACCACGGGCACGCGCUGCCCAUGCCCCGCCUGGUGUCCACCACGCUGGUGGGCUCAGAGGACGUGACCCCCGACACGCAGUUCACGCACAUGCUCAUGCAGUGGGGCCAGUUCCUGGACCACGACCUGGACUCGACCGUGGUGGCCCUGAGCGAGGCGCGCUUCUCGGACGGGCAGCACUGCAGCGCCGUGUGCACCAACGACCCGCCCUGCUUCUCCAUCAUGAUCCCUCCGCACGACCCGCGCGUGCGCGCCGGCGCCCGCUGCAUGUUCUUUGUGCGCUCCAGCCCGGUGUGUGGCAGCGGCAUGACCUCCCUGCUCAUGAACUCCGUGUACCCCCGGGAGCAGAUCAACCAGCUCACCUCCUACAUCGACGCCUCCAACGUGUACGGCAGUUCGGACCACGAGGCCCGCAGCGUCCGCGACCUGGCCAGCCAGCGGGGCCUGCUGCGGCAGGGCAUCGUGCAGAGGUCCGGGAAGCCGCUGCUGCCCUUUGCCACGGGGCCGCCCACCGAGUGCAUGCGGGACGAGAACGAGAGUCCCAUCCCCUGCUUCCUGGCCGGCGACCACCGCGCCAACGAGCAGCUGGGCCUGACCAGCAUGCACACGCUGUGGUUCCGGGAACACAACCGCAUCGCCGCCCGGCUGCUGGCGCUGAACCCGCACUGGGACGGCGACACCAUCUACCACGAGGCCCGGAAGAUCGUGGGCGCGGAGAUGCAGCACAUCACCUACCAGCACUGGCUGCCGAAGGUGCUGGGCGCCGUGGGCAUGAAGAUGCUCGGGGCGUACCGGGGCUACGACCCUGGGGUCAACGCCGGCAUCGUCAACGCCUUCGCCACCGCGGCCUUCCGGUUCGGCCACACGCUGAUCAACCCCGUGCUGUACCGGCUGGACGCCAGCUUCCAGCCCAUCCCGCAGGGCCACGUGCCCCUGCACAAGGCCUUCUUCUCCCCAUUCCGGAUCGUGAACGAGGGCGGCAUCGACCCGCUCCUCAGGGGGCUGUUCGGGGUGCCCGGGAAGAUGCGGGUGCCCACGCAGCUGCUGAACACGGAGCUCACCGAGCGGCUCUUCUCCAUGGCGCGGACGGUGGCCCUGGACCUGGCCGCCAUGAACAUCCAGCGGGGCCGCGAUCACGGCAUCCCGCCCUAUCACGACUACCGGGUCUACUGCAACCUGUCGGCUGCCCACACCUUCGAGGACCUGAAAAAUGAGAUCAAGAACCCCGAGAUUCGGGAGAAGCUGAAAAGGCUCUAUGGCUCACCACUCAACAUCGAUCUGUUCCCAGCCCUCAUGGUGGAGGAUGUGGUUCCCGGCAGCCUCCUGGGGCCAACCCUUCUGUGCCUGCUCAGCACACAGUUCCGGCGUCUGCGGGAUGGGGACAGGCUGUGGUACGAAAACCCGGGGGUGUUCUCCCCCGCCCAGCUGACGCAGAUCAAGCAGACGUCACUGGCCAGAAUCCUGUGCGACAACUCAGACAACAUCACCCGCGUGCAGGCGGACGUGUUUCGGGUGGCGGAGUUCCCACAUGGCUACAGCAGCUGCAAGGACAUCCCCCGCGUGGACCUCCGGCUGUGGCAGGACUGCUGUGAAGACUGCAGGACCAGGGGACAGUUCAACGCAUUCUCCUACCACUUCCGGAGCAAGCGGUCUCUGGAUUUCAGCUACCAGGAGGAUGAGCCUACCAAGAGAGCGAGACCGCAGAAGGAGCUGGGUGCAAAGCACGGUGCACCCAGCAAUGCCACGACAGCUUCCUCCGAACUCUCAGAAGGAACAGCGACAAAUGACUUCAAGGAAUUUGUCCAGGAGAUGCAGAGGACCAUCACAGACCUCAGAAGACAGAUCAACACGCUGGAGUCUCGCCUCAGCACUGCGCAGUGUGUGGACGCCGACGGCAAGGUGCACGCCAACCACGCAACGUGGAGAAGAGACGCGUGCAGCACCUGUGAAUGCAGAGAUGGACAGGUCACCUGCUUCGUGGAAGCCUGCCAGCCUGCACCCUGUCCUGAGCCCACGCGGGUGGACGGAGCUUGCUGCCCAGUCUGCGUAGAGGGACCUCAGGAGAAUACCCCGAGGGCCUCCUAGGCAGAGCCCCUUGAGCUGGUCUGCAGCGUCCUCGAGAGAUCAGACCCAGGGCACCGGAGCUGCGGACCCCGGGGAAAACCUGGACCCCGGACACUCUGGACCGCCGCCCUGCUGUUCCCUGGGCACGGGCUGCUUUGGACCCCACAUCGCAGAAGGAAGCAGCAGACAGGCAGGGGUGCAGAUGUCCGUCUUCACUGCAUGUUAGACUUCUCAGGAUUUUAUUUAAUUCUUUUAGAAUGAAAAAUUGGUGCUAUUGUAAAAUUGCACAGUUCGGUCAUUUGGGUUCCUAAAUUGAUUCUGCCUAAAAACGCCGUUUUUUGCUAAGUAAGACAGCAUACCUCUGACGUCCUCUCUGCCUGGUUCUGAGACCUCGAGCUUCCAACAGGCGAGGCCUGAGGUCUGGCUGACAUCAAGGGAGCCCUUGCCUGGCAAAGGGACAGUCUUAAGAGCACAUUAAGCCAUCUCUGCAGGCCCACUGAGGCCCGCUGCAUCCUGCCUGCCCGCCUUCCCCGGGCCCUAGCCUCUCAUUCACCCGCGACCCUGCCGCCAGCCCUGCCACAGCGGCUGUUGGAACUGUGUUUGGAGAAGGGCUUAGUUCCCGUCGCUGCGUGUGCACACGGCCUUGCUGUGGACCGUACUCUCCGGUCCACACGGCAUCCAAAGACCUCACAGAGACCACAGGCAUUGGCAGGCAGGAUGGUCCCCAGAAGGACUAGACCCCUUUUCCAGAACCUUCUGAUGGGAGACGCGUGGGUGGGCCAGACUUGAAUGUGGGGAAGUCUGAGUUACGUUGUUUAAAAAACAGAAAACCCCAAGUCCUACACCUCACGGGCGCUUGUCAGUGCACGAUGUUUAUAAAAUCGCCCACUUUUUAGGUGUUAGAUGUGGUACAAAAUCAAAAUUCUAUGCAAAAAACAGUUUAAUUCAGCGAUGAGCAACAUCAUACCUCAUGGUCUCUCUUUAACUGGCUGGAGCUUUCCAUUGUGUUCUCCGCACAGAGUGGCCUCUGAUGGGCGGACCAUCCCUGAAGCCGAUCUCUGUCUGGUGCCCUUGUGGGGCAGGCAGGCCGCACGGCCCUGCCCAGGGGCUGGCACACCUGGUGGCGGAAGUGCCAGGGGUGUCAUGCACACCGGCGUGCAUGGCGUGUGCACCACCCGUGCCCGAGGGCCGCCCCACCCCGGGGAGGUGCAGCGAGGCGCUGUGGACAGCGGCCGAGGCCGCCUCCGGCACCCUCACCACAGACGCACGCGUUGCCUGUGCAAGGGUGGUCCUCUUGUUUUGCCCUUCUCUUGUAAGGACAGACGGAGGCUGUUUUGUGUUUCUGCAAUAGUAAGCCAGGUUUCUUGGUGGGGAUUCUGUGAGUGGCCUGUGAGUUUGUCUAAGACGUGGUGGUGAUGUAACUGCUCAGGUAUGGGAGCGGGCACGCGGCUUGGGGCUUGCCGUGGGCGCAGCCCGCCUCGUGUGCCGGGCAGUCAGCACAGCGGUGUGCUGGGGCAGGCGGGUGGGGGCGGAGCUCAGGCUUUAGACCAGUGGAGGUAGGCUGACUGAUUCAUAUGAAAUUCUGUAACUCAAGCCAAAACGUCUGCAGA